AUGGUCCAAUUCACCAAGAUAGUCAGCGCUCUGGCCUUGACCAUUGCUGCCGUCCACGCUGCUCCUGACCUCUCUCAGCGCCAGGCCCUCCCCGAUCCCGCCGGUGAGAAGAACAUCGGCAACGGAGCUGGUGGCCAGUUCAUUGGAGGCCAGUGUAACGGCGCCGCCGACUGUGCCUCUGGCUGCUGUGCUACCCUCCCUAGGGGAGGUGAGACCAUUGGUGUGUGCUCCGGUGUAGGUGCUCAGACUCAGGCCGGCAAGCAAGGCUGCGGUUUCGAGGGUGGCAAUGCCGGCGGUAACGGCGGUGGUAACAACGGCGGCGGUAAUGGUGGUGGUAACAAUGGUGGCAACAACAACAACAACAACAACCAGGGCGGUGGUAAUGCCGGUGCAGUUGGUGGCACCGUCAUGCCCAGCACCCUCGUCCCCGACCCGGCCGGUGCUGGCAACGUCGGCAACGGUGCCGGCCGCCAGUUCAUCACCGGCGAGUGCACCAGCGACGCUGACUGCGCCUCCGGCUGCUGCGCUCUGGUCAACGACGGUGUCCGUCCCGCCUUUGGCAGCUGCUCUGGUGUGGGUGCCAACACUCAGAAUGGCAAGCAGGGCUGCGGCUUCCCCCAAGGCGGUGGCCAGCUCUAA